AAUACAGUUAAUAAAAACAAUACUGAUCGUAGAAUGCCUUGGCAGAGACCAGAAAAUGUGCCAUUGGGCAAACUGUGGGGACGAUUCCAAGGAAAGGAAAGAAAUGGUGUCCCUGGAUUAAUGUACCAAAUCCGCGACAUGGAUGAACAUUACAAGCAACGAUGCUUAGAUUUGAUGCAGGAGACAUUCUUACGGGAUGAGCCUUUAUGUCAAGUUUUAGAUUUGAAAAAUGAUCCAGAAUCAAUUGAAACCAUUCGAAAUAAUUGGACGGAAAUGUUAAAUCAGAAAACGUCAAUAGCUUGUUUUACUGAAGAGAAUGGCGGACCAAAGGAAUUGGUUGGCUUUAAUAUACUCACAAUUUAUAGUAAAGAUGAUGACAAAGAAGACAUCGACGAGGUAAAGGGAGACCAGUGGAGAAAGAUUUUAAAAACUUUAACACAUGCUGAGAAUCUUGUGGAUGUGUAUUCCAAGUACGAUGUGGAUAAAUAUUUAUCAUCAAGUGGAUUGACUGUGUUACCUGGACACAGAGGACAGAAUAUAGGUGCGAGAUUAAUAGAAGCCAGGGAGCAACUCUGCAAGGAGUUUGGAAUAAAGGCCACGUGCACGGUGUUCACGGCGCAAACAUCACAAAUAUUAGCUGCAAAAUGCGGUUACGAAGUUUUAGCAACUUUACAAUACUCCGAAAUGUUAAAAGAAGGCAUCGAUUUGACGGGAUGCAGUUGUUCUGAAGCUAAAGUUAUGGGAAUCAAGUUUAAGUGAUAACAAUUUAGUCUAGAGCAUAGAG